CAUUGGGUUACACAGGAAGAGAGACGCCUCCGGAUAGCCGGGCUGCAGUUCGCGCGCCCCGCGAGGGUGUCGCCGGCACAGGGUAAGCCUUUCCAGAUGUGGCCGCCGCGCGCGCUUGGCUGUGGGCCAGGAGGCCGCCUGCAUUCGGCGCUUCCCAGGGCCGCAGUGCCAGCCGCAAUGCCGGCCUCGUGAAGGCAGGCGACAGCCCGCGGCCGGGAGGACAGCGUGGGGCGGAGGACGAAGGCUUCGUCCGGGCGCCCGGGCUGCGCUGAAGGCGUCUGCGGGUGGAUGGGGGACCCCGAGGCCCACGUGAUGGCGCGCCCCCUGCGAGCCCCUCUCCGGAGGUCCUUUAGCGAUCACAUCAGGGACUCCACGGCCAGAGCCCUGGAUGUCAUUUGGAAAAACACCAGAGACAGACGGCUGGCAGCAGUAAAAUCAGUAAAGUUGGAAGUGGAUGAAGAUAAGAGCACAAAGGGAUCCAAUUUUUCCAACUCGGAAGUGGCAAUUGGUUUGUCUCCUUACACCUCUUCCCGAAAGAGGCUUUUUCAUGUCCCUGAAACAGAAAACAUUGCCUGGGCGGGUGUGUGUCUGGCAGAACUGGUGCACUCCAGUCUCCUCUGGCAGCCACAAAAAAAAGAGGGGGGUCUGGAGGGAGGUGGGGUUUUUCAGUAAGAUGUGACAAUAUGCCAGUUCCACCAAUGAUAAGAAAGCCUGAGGCACCAACAAUCAACAGAGGCCACAGGCCAUGUUUCACAGUGCAAAGCUGCAAGGUCCCCCAGACAAAGCAAAUAGGAGAGCAGGCUCUAAAGCCUGCCAACAGCGUCCUGAAAGCUAAAAGGGAAACUUCCCUAAGGACACUAAAUUGGUCAUUUAGGGAUGCCCUGCCUGGUUAGAAGAAACCUCCUUUGCAUGUUUUCCACUCUGUUUAACCAUUCUGAGGAUAUCCUAGCCAUUCAUAAUGUCUGCUCACUUUCUGCAUCAACUUGCAAUUUGUUCUUUACCACACUUGAGAUCUUCACUUAGAAGAGAAAAAGAGGCCCAAGCAUAUUAUAUUUAGAACAUAUCUUUUUAUAAAGAAAACAAAUAGGCCGGGUGCAGUGGCUCAGGCCUGUAAUCCCAGCACUUUGGGAGGCCAAGGUGGGUGGAUCACAAGGUCAAGAGAUCGAGACCAUCCUGGUCAACAUGGUGAAACACCGUCGCUACUAAAAAUACAAAAAUUAGCUGGGUAUGGUGGUGCAUGCCGGUAAUCCCAGCUACUCAGGAGGCUGAGGCGGGAGAAUUGCCUGAACCCAGGAGGCGGAGGUUGCGGUGAGCCGAGAUAGCACCAUUGCACUCUUUCCAGUAAAAAGAGCGAAACUCCAUCUCAAAAAAAAAAAAAAAGAAAAAAGAAAACAAAUAAACAGCAGGCACAGUGGCUCAUACUUGUAAUCCCAACACUUUGGGAGGCUGAAGUAAGCAGAUCCCUUGAGGUCAGGAGUUUCAGAGCAGCCUGGCCAGCAUGGAGAAACGCCAUUUCUACUAACAUACAAACAUUAGCCAUGCAUGGUUAGGGGUGCCUGUAAUCCCAAGUACCCAGGAGGAAGAGGGAUGAGAAUUGCUUUAACCUGGAAGGCAGAGAUUGCAAGUUAAACCGUUGCAUGAACCAAGAUCAUGCCACUGCACUCCAACCUGGGCAACAGAGUGAGACCCUGUCUCAAAAUAAAUAAAUAAAUAAGUAAACAUAACACUUAUGAAAUGCACCAAGUCACCAAAUUCUCACUAAGCAUUGGUUUGAAGUUUCAUUGUACAGUUGGAGCUAUACUGCAGACAUGGCCAAGAUACCUAAAAGAUGAGACUGCACUACUAAAGAGGUAUCAAAGAGAGAAAAAGAAUCUGCUACACGGGUUCUUUCACUGGAAAUUGAAGCUUCUCAGGUUUCUUUUUUAAUUCAUGCAAAUAAAACAACUUAUUAAUAUUUUUAAUAGCAAUCUUUUCAAAUGGUAAAUCUUUGGAUUUAAAACCAAUCUUUUUUUUUUUUUUUUUUUUUUUGAGACGGAGUUUCGCUCUUGUUACCCAGGCUGGAGUGCAAUGGCACUAUCUCGGCUCACCGCAACCUCCGCCUCCUGGGUUCAGGCAAUUCUCCUGCCUCAGCCUCCUGAGUAGCUGGGAUUACAGGCACGCGCCACCGUGCCCAGCUAAUUUUUUGUAAUUUUUAGUAGAGACGGGGUUUCACCAUGUUGACCAGGAUGGUCUCGAUCUGUUGACCUAGUGAUCCACCCGCCUCGGCCUCCCAAAGUGCUGGGAUUACAGGCUUGAGCCACCGCGCCCGGCCUAAAACCAAUCAUUUUAACAUCUUCUCAAGAUUCUAUAAUUUAUGCAUUCUCUGAAAAUCUGUAGUCUUAACUCAGAAGACAUUCUUCUUUAAUCUGUAUGUAGAAAUAUAGAAACUUCUGUUGUUAUUUCUAUAUAUUUUGAAGAUAUAAAGUAUAUUACAGAUGGGAAUAGGGUCCAUAAAUGUGUGUAAUGCACAAUAGUGCACCUCUAGACAGUGGGCCUGGGGGUAUGUACAGGUCUGUGUAGUCAUUUUGCUUUCCUGAGCUACACGCAACCAAAAAUAAUGUCUGAAGAAAAUUCUGUUUUCUCAGUGCUUGUAACUUCCUUAUCUGUGUGUAUUUAGUGUUGACAUUAUCAUGCAGAAUUUUUAUUAAGUCCUUCACUUUCUCUUUGAGCGAGACUCAAAAGAAGAGCAGUCCAUUAACAUCUAUCUUAAACUCACACUACAUUAAACAUCUUUUUGAAAUGUGAUGAUUCCAAAAGAAAAUUAAGUCCUUUAAAAAUCUAUACAAUAGCAAAUGGAAAGUGAUACAAAUAAAAAAAUUAAAAUGGUACCCUUCAGUAAAGCAAAUUUGGAUGAGAUCAAAUGAAAAUGAGCAAAAUCUUAAGCUGGAAACAAACAUUUAGUCAAAUGGAAAACAUUUCUGGACUUCUGCUUUUCAGACCUGUCUGCCUCCCAAGCUGUUAUAUGGUAAGAUUGAAAAUGCUUUACAUAUCACAGAGAUAACUCAAGGAUUAAAGGCAUGUUUGAAGUUCUUGGAACUAUUCUAAGAAAGCCACUCGAGAAAACACAAGCACUGUUAAUAAUGCUGUGCAGUUCAUCAUUAAAAACAGGUAAUCAUUUGUCACUCACUCCAUUUUUUUCUUCUAUUUUCUCACAUUAAACUAACACAUUAUAGUUAACAUUUUCUAAAUCAAUUUUCUGUUGCAUAAAGAGCGCCCAGAGCAAUACCAAAACCUUAUAAACCAGAACAAGCAGAAAAUAUGGUCUUAAGAAAUGAACAAAUAAGAAUUCAUCCAUGUCAAACAUUAGGCUAAGCACUAGAGCCAUAGCAAUAAAUGCAGACACAACCCCUGCCCUCAUGAAACCUGCAGUUUAACAGAGCAAAGAGUAAUUCCUGAUUGUUGCAACAAACAAACAAACAAACAAAACCAGUGUGCUAUUGAAAUGUGUAUGUACACAGGGACCUAACUGUAACAUAGUCUAGGGGAAGAUCAGGAAUAUAGAUAGGCAGGAGGGAAUCAUGGAAGCUGGGAAGGGCAUGAGGGCUGAAUGGUCAUCCUGAUAUUUUUUAAAAGCCAUUUAUAUCAUUAUUUAAGAGGAUCAGAAGCCUUUGUAACAUAAACUUAAGAUCAUAACAUAAAUUUCUUAACAUAGAAAUUCUUUAUGGAGUGUUUACAUAUUUAUAACAUAAUUUGUUGAAACUGGGGUCAAUGCUCUUUUUUCUUUGUCUGUCAGGGACAGUACCAACUGCUUGCAUGCAUGCCUUUUCUAGGGGGUGUGAAAGUCCUGGUUAUGAUUUAUUUAACCUGGUUGCUGACCAGCUUUAGUUUGCCAACAUUUAACAUACAAGUUGUAUUAAAAUUUCAUUCUAGAAUGCUGACAUAUACAAUACACCGUUAUUUUACCAGCCAAGAUUUCAUGUUUGUUCCCCCAAAAAGCCACUACUCUUCCUCAAUUUGGGUGUUUCUUUUGUUUUAUUUUCAAUUCCAGCCUAGUUUUAUUUCUACGUCAUAGUUAUCAUGCUGUAACAAAUAGUUUUGAUUAUAAGGAACUAGGAAAAAGAAAUUGACAUUUUCUCCUACCAAAUUCUGGUGAGGUAUUAAUUGUGUUUUAUAUCUAAUAGACAGAGAAAACAUGACUAGUAUUUGUUGAUAACUGAUAUAGUGGCUUGCAAGGAGUUUUAGAAAGACAACAGUAUUUAUCUUAAAGAUCCCUGCAGAAAAUAUUGCUCUCCUUCUCUUUCUUCCCCACACCCAGCUGAUGCAAGUGAACCCCAAAGUUGGGGCUCAGCCUCGGAGGCCUCUUGGCUUUAUUCAGGAAAGAAUUCAAGAGUAAGCUGACAGUGAAAGAAAGAAAGUUUAUUAGAGCAACAGUGUACAGCAAAAUGGUGCUCCAUAGACAGAGCAGGGCUACCCCUAGGCAGAGUAGCACAGAGUAGUCCUCGUGCAUUGACAGCUAGCUAUAUAUAUGCCCACUCCUAACUAUGUGCUAAGCAAAAUUAUUCACAGACUUUCUGGAAAAUGGGGCAAGGAGCUCCCAGAACCACAUAAGGUAACUUCCAGGUCAUUGACAUGGCAUUUAUAAACUGUCAUGGCACUGGCGGACAUGUCUUAAGAAAAUACAUUAUAAUUCCUAGUCCUAGCUGGUUUGAGGCAGUUUCUUUGCUACAUCCUGUUUAGAUUAUCAGGGUCUUGAAAACAGGUCCUGCUAAUCUCCUGCCUCACCCUCAUUAUUUAUUUGUUUAGUAAUUGCAAGUCUAGAAGAAUGGGAAAACUAAAACUCUAUUCAUUUUACAUUUUCAUUCUAUUCCUACAGAUGAAAUGACUUAGCACAAACAGACUAUUUAAGGCAGAAGAACUUCAGACCAGAGAAAGAGACUUAAAGGCAGCAAGAACAGCAAAUGUUUUAUGUGGUUUUCAUUCUGAAGAAAAUCAAGGCAUAAAAUAAUUUCCUCAAAAGAUGUCAAAAUAUGUAUUUAACUAUUAAGUCACUAAAAAUGGAAAACCCAGAGUGGUUCUAUUGAACCACCAGAUACCAAAUAACUAAUGAGGAUCAACAGCCUUACUAUAGCAAAAUAUCUAUUUUCUUCUCUCCAAAAGUCAGAGAAUGUAUUUCUAAAAUUGAUUUAAUGUAGUAAAUGAAUUUUCAAAAAAAAAACUUUUUGAAAUAUGGACCUCUGUAAAAGAGCAAAUCUUAUUGCUUCUGUUUACUUUAUGACACAAUUUUACACCUAUUAGCAGGGUUAGCAUACUUCAAUUUAUUUAUUCUUCUAAACUUUUGUCUCCAAUAAAAGUUUGUUGACAUUGGCCGGGUGCGGUGGCUCACACCUGUAGUCCCAGCCCUUUGGGAGGCUGAGGUGGACGGAUCAUGAGGUCAAGAGAUUGAAACCACCCUGGCCAACAUGGUGAAACCCUGUCUCUACUAAAAAGUACAAAAAUUAGCUGGACAUGGUGCCACAUGCCUGUGGUUCCAGCUACUCGGGAGGCUGAGGCAGGAGAAUUGCUUGAACCCGGGAGGCAGAGGUUGCAGUGAGCCGAGAUUGCACCACUGCACUCCAGCUUGGCGCCUGUCGACAGAGCAAGAUUCAGUCUCACAAAAAAAGAAAAAAGUUUCUUGAGAUUGACGUUGACAAUACCUGCAAUAAAAGCUUGUUGACAAUGACAUUGUUGAUGUCAUUCAGUGCUGUAAUCUUUGAUCUUCCCCCUCUAAUAAAUAUUCUGCUCUUCCUAAAACAGUAUUUAAAGAUACCCAGAAUUGGUGGGGAAAUCCCAUAUUUGCUAAGCGCAAAAGAAAAAAAGAACUAUUGGAAUAUGCUGUGUUUUUUCAACUAUUUAAAAAAAAAUAAAAGCAAGAAAUUAACAAGAAAUCAGUAAUGACAGUUGGGCAACAAGUUUGCAAUUUUUUUCUAUCCUUGCUCUGGUAGCAUUUAAUCACAGAAACUUGAGAGGAAGAAAAAACUGUUUCCUCUCUACUCCCUACCCAACACCAAACACCAAAAUUUAGCAACCAUAAUCUUCAUAUUUCAAAGGCCAUAACUGAUUUUAGCUUAUUGCCUAGACUUGCCAUUCUCAUAUUUAACAUUUACAGGGUGUGUUGGGCUGUCCUUGCAUUGCUAUAAAGAAAUACCUGAAACCAGGCAUUUGCAAGAAAAGAGGUUUAAUUGGCUCCUGGUUCUGAAGGCUGUACAAGAAGCAUAACACCACCACCUGCUUCUGGGAGUACCUCAGAAAGCUUGUAAUCGUGGCAGAAGGUGACGGGGGAGCAGGCAUCUCACAGCAGCAAGAGAGAGGAGGGAGGUACCACACACCUUUAAAGUACCAGAUCUCACAGGAACUCAUUCACUAUUGCAAGGACAGUACCAAGAGGAUGGUGCUAAACCCUUCUUGAGAAAUCCACCCCCAAGACCCAAACACCACCAGGUCCCACCUCCAACAUUGAAGGUUACAUUUCAACGUGAGAUUUGGGCAGAGACAAUGUCCAAACUAUAUUGCAGGGUUUUGCUUUUUUCUGUUUAUAAGCAAUACCAUAUUCUAUAAUCUCAAGUAAGCUUUAAUUUUGUCAGAGAGGCUGAUGCGCAGAAGUCAUCCACUAGUGAGUGAGCUUAGCUACUUUCUCAAAGUCUGUGUCUCAUCAAGACGUUAUUGUUCUCUAUUUGCACUAACUCUCCAAAGGAAUUAAGUUUUUUAUAGCGAAAAUUAUAUGCAAUAUUUGAAAUUAAGAUUGAAUGGAGUCUCAAAAAUCUUGAGAUGACUCUUUAUAGAUACCUAUCUAAAGAUUUACAAGGAUACAUAGGUUGAUAGUCACAGAUGAACAUGCAUACAUCAAUAGAUAUCAAAUAGCUAUAGGAAUUAUUAGCAGUUCCUGCUGCCUUUGUGAAUAAGCAAUUCCCCCACUCCAAAGAUCUCUUUUUCAAGGAAGUAUUUGUUUUUCUGGAAUUUACAGGCUUCAAAAGAAAUUGAGUUAGAAAAAUCAAAGUCAUCAAGUUACUCUUAACAUUCAUCUUAUUUUCAUCUUCUUUAACAUUCGUCAUGUUCUUUAACCUCAAAUAAAAUAGUCAUGUGUAGAACACAAUUAAUGCACAUAUUAUAAACGAUAUUUUUACAACUUAAGCUGCAAAUAAUAGAUGUUGGGCCAUUAAUUUUUCUUCUGACAGAAACAUUUUAUGAUUUUUCUCACAUCAUCAGCUCUUUCAAGUUUUAAGGAAUGCUUGUAAAACUAUCUUAGUUCUUAGCAUUUAUUAGGGCACACUACUGAGAAAGAGUGUGUGUGUGUGUGUGUGUGUGUGUGUGCGCGCGCGCACGCGUGCGCACACGUGCACGCACGUGCACGUGUGUGUAUGUGUUUCUGGUCCUGAAUUCAAAUGUCUAUUAUCUUUUUAAUUUUAUAACGUAGUCCUUAAGUCACUGUUCCAAGGUCACAACUCCUAUUUGAUCUGAAAUGCUGGACAUUGAGGAAAGGAAGCAGAAAUUCGAUAAAAUUACAUAAGAACUUUUAAUCUAAAAACCCUGCACCAAAGAAAGGAAGACUAAUUACAGCAGCCUUUAAAACUGAUGUUGUGAAUUUGCCACAUUUUUGUAAGAUUUAGUAGUUUCUACUAGUAGACAAAGUGACCGAUAAAUAAUAAAAAUUGUUUCUCUUCAUAACGUUCUUUGGAAGACUGGCCAAAAUAGAGGCAAGGAACCUGAUAACAAAAAUCUUUAGCUGUGUUUCUAAAUGUAGUCCCUUUCUGCUUAGAAACUGAUAGGUAAUAAGAUAUGAAUCAGUUUCAUGAAAUUUAUUUUCAUGUCCAUAUUUUAUUACUAAAUUUCCUGUGUGCUAGUAUAAAAAAAAACCUCAUGAAAUCCUGAUGCUUUAAACAGUUUAGUACCUUAAAACAGUAACAACAACAAAAGCCAGCCUUGAAGAUAUAUACAUGUGGCGCUGCUCACUGAGAAGUCCUUGUCAACCCAUGGUUUAUAAUUCAGAGAGGUUAACAUAGGAUAGAUUUUAAAUUAAAAUACUAUGGUGAAUUAAAACAAAUACCAGACAUUUUACACUUUGACCCAAAUAGAAUCUCAACUGGUAAUUUAGCUUCUCAAAUGUCAUAACUUACAGUGGUCUCCAAUUUUUUUUUUUUUUUUUUUUUUUUUUGAGAGUCUCACUGUGUCUCCAGGCUGGAGUGCAGUGACGCUAUCUUAGCUCACUACAACCUCCACCUUCCAGGUUCAAGAGAUUCUCCUGCCUCAGCCUCCCAAGUAGCUGGGACUACAGGAGCAUGCCACCACACCCAGUUAAUUUUUUUGUAUUUUUAGUGGAGAUAGGGUUUCACUGAGUUGGCCAGGAUGGUCUCGAUCUCUUGCCCUAGUGAUCUGCUCGCCUCGGCCCCCCCAAAAGUGCUGGGAUUACAGGCAUGAGCCUCUAGAUCCGGCCCUCCAAAUUUUUUAAAAUGGGUAUUCAUAAGUAAAAUACUGUCAAGUACACACUAUGCAUAUUACAUUGGUAUAUCUCUAUGUAUGUAUGUAUAUAUAUAAUCACUAAAGCAUGGUUUCUCAACCGUGGCACUAUUGAUGUUUUGGGCAAGAUAAUUCCUUGUCGUGGGGAACUGUACAUUAAGGACAUUAACAGCAUCCCUUGAUUCUACGAAUUAUAUGUCAGCAGUACUUCCCCCAGCUGUGACAGCCAAAACCUCUCCAGACACUGCUAAAUGUUCCCUAGGGAGAAAAAAAAUCACUCCAGUUGAGAACCACUACCCUAAAUAAUGUUCAUGUUAUACUGUACUAAUAUAUAGUGUAUAGCAAACGUGAAAAAUGUCUGUUCUUAAUGUUGAGUUUAUUUUAUUUUUUAAUAGUGCCAAAAGAAACUUUUUGCUUUCUCUAUUAGUGUUAUAAUGAAUUAUUUUAGGAUAAAAUAUACUACAGAAUAUGCUUGAAAUUGCUUUUUAAACCUUAGCCUAAAGAUGGUGGCACACUGAUUCAAACUGCAGCUUAUUUUAAUACUUGAUUUUAAAGGCCAUCAAGGUAGAAAAAGGCAUGGGACUCCAAGUGGACAAAACGCAACUUUUUUACUAAAUCAUGAUGUAAAAUUUGUAUCCAGCCUAACAAUAAUCCAAAGGAUUUUAUUUAAAUUUUACAAGUAAAUAUAUAUGCUUUGGUGUCUUGAAACAAAUGGGAAACUGCAUUUUUAUAUUUUGAACAUGUAUGUUUGAAAUUACUGCAAAUUUGCCAAAAAUUUUAAUAGACUGGAAAACUGUGUUCAGAUUUUUAAAAUUUGUGUAUGAGUGUUUUAAUAGGCAGUAAACACAUAUCAUUUUCAGUAAUAAAUUCAUAUAACAAUAUACACAUUUCUAAAAUAUUUUUAGAAUGAUUUAUGCAUAACUCAACUUAUUUCUUUUAUAAAGCAGUUACUUGCUCACUCAUUGUGGAAGUGCCAUCUUUAUCUUGGAGAAACAAAUUAUGUAGUCUUCAAAAAAAUGUAUUCUCAGUCACAUAAUAGUGACAGCUGCUUGUCGUCACUGAAAUGUCAGUAAAUUUGAGUUAUUUGCUUUUGUAAAAUAAAAAUGAGUAAGUCAUCUCAAGUUCCAGUUCCUUGCUAUGAGAUAACCAGCAAAGCAAACAUCUGUAUGGUAACAAAUGGUGUUUGUGGUCACUCCCUACCACAUUUCCAAUAUUGUAAAGAAUUCACUGUUUUUUACUAAUUUGGGUUUAAUUAAAGUAUUAGAAUAUCAAUGUCGGUUGCAUUUUGUGCACUUUAGCUUUAACUUUUUGCUAAAAUAGCUCGCCUGUUAAUUUUGCAAUGCUAUGUCCAUAAACUUAGCCUAGAAUUCUUUCUGUGGUUAAAUUUAUAGUUUUUAGAUGAAAUAUUAUAUUUAUUAAAAGAGCCAUUUACUGUUGAGAAUAUCACCUCAUUGGUUUUUCUUUCCUUUAGUGGCUCAUAAUGAAAGGGGGUAGGUAAUCAUUCAUAUUCCAUCAUUGAAACAAAAUUUAGCAAAUACUAUAAGCCGAGACCUAUUAGAAACACCUGUGCUUACAUUUACUAUAUAUUCCAAACCUUUAAGUCUACAUAAUUUGUUAUAAAACUGGUUUAUUCAGCUCUUUUGCAAUGUUGACUGAAUUUUUACUAGGAAAUACAUUCAAAGUAUUUUAGCCUGACAACCCCGUUGUUUUUCAAGGAUUCUUUUAGCCAUUUUAUCUAAGGCAAGAUGAACAUGUUUCCUCAAUAUCUUUAGGUCACUAGCUAUUCAGUCAAGUUUUUCAUUAAGCAUUAAUUGGGUAUUACGUAACUAAAUACCACAGGAGAAAUCAAAGGAUACAUUUAAAAUGUCUUGCUAACAGUGAUGACUCUGCUCUAUCAUUAGCUAACAUUUCAAGGCACAAUAUUCCUCUAGAUCAAGGUUCACUUUGAAAAAGAGUAAGUGGAUAUAUAUAUUUUUAAUAGUCUUCUUGAUCCUUCCAUGGGAGAGAAGGUGGAGGCAGAAAUUCUGUCAAAGCCAAUUAGAUUGUCAGCAUAUCAAUAAUUCCUAAUAUGACUCAGAGAAAUAUCAAUGUUAUCUUGCUCUUCACUUUGUCCUGACUUAUUAGCAUUAUUUUAGUCAAAUUUUUUACACAUAAGAUAAUAUAUCUUUAAACUCUCUCAUGUUUACUUAUGUUCAUCUGUAAGUGACUUGAAACAUUUAAAUUAAGCCUGUCCAACCCACAGCCUGUGGACUGCACACAGCCCAAGACAGCUUUGAAUGCAGCCCAACAUAAAUUCAUUAAACUUUCUUAAAAUAUUAGAAGAAUUUUUUGCUGCUUUUUUUUUAGCUCAUCAGCUAUCAUUAGUGUUAGUGGAUUUUAUAUGUGGCCCAAGACAAUUCUUCUUCUUCCAAUGUGGCCCAGAGAAACCAAAAGACUGGACCCCACCCUCUUAUGUAAAUGACAAAAGCAAAAGAAUGAUUGAGAGAGACUUGGCCAAUCCAUUUAUACCAUGAACCCACAAUCUCCCCUUAACAGAUUUUGAGUAUUGUAAGUGACACAUGCCAUGUGGAAUGAAGUGAGAAUUACCAUUAAUCCACUUAAGUUAAAUAUUUGCAAAGCUUAAUUUCAGUCUUCAAUUUAAAAAAAAAAAGAUAUAAAUAAAAGUUAGUCAUAUUUUCUCCAACAGAUCAUCUUGCACACUUGCUGGGGUACCAGACUCCAUUUUCAGAAACCCUGCCUUAGACUGAGUAUGAGCUAUUCUUAGAGUUGCAAAUGAUAUUUAUUAGUCUGUGCUGCAGACUGAAAUGAACUCUAUUUUCCUGUCUAAAAUCAAAAUUUGCAAUGUAGUUUUUGGCAUUUUUUUUUCCAAGUGUGACCACCCAAUAAUGCCAUCUGGUCUAUAACCGCCUCAUUUUAACAUGGGGUCACAAAAUGCCCCAUUCCAAGACUAGCCAAAUUCAGGCAGUGUGAUCAAGGAGGUAUUAAAGAAGCAAGGCAAUUAGUGUCAUAGUUACAAUUAUGGUGCAAAACGCAAGGCAGGUGCUUGUACCAGAAACUGAUUGAAAAGCAUUCUCUCCACUUAGUUAUAUGUAAAAAGCAAUGAAGGAAUUUGACCACAAGCAUUCCCAUAAAUAUUUAAAACAGUUUUCUGGCUGAGUUAAUAAACGAAUGGAAUGGUCAGAAUUUCCAGCCAUAGUGUGACAAGUAAUUGGUGAAUUCUGCAAAAUACCUAGUGCCUAUUUAAAAAGAUGUCAUGUUUUCGGAUCAUUAAAGUACAGCAUUUUAUUUGCCAGUGAUUUAUUUUAUUUGUAAAGUAUCCUACUCAUAAUGAAAUGAAAUAGCCAUAACUUUAGGUCAAUAAAAUAUUUUAGUGCUUCUAAAA